CGCAUGUACAGUAUGACCUUUCAGUGCAGCUGCCUGGGAAGGCUGCACAUGUCGAGCAGACGGGCCACAGCCGAAACACCGAGCCUUUAAAAGCAUGAACCCACCGUAAAUGGGUCUAUCACCACAUCUGCCGUUUCUUUCGUCGCUCCCGUUUACCUCGAACGAUUUUUGUGGAUGGAUUACAAUAUUCACCGUCUCACCGAGAAGCCUUACAACGCCCAGUCAGCAGCGGCAGCCAUAGCUCCGUCAUUGACGCUGGAGAAAACUGUAACCUGCCUGUGCAAUGGCAGUCUUUAGUCACCAGGUGCUCCUUGCAGUCACAAGAUCAAGGGGAUCGUACUUGUUAUCCAAGAGGCACAGCUGCUCUUCUCUGUCUUCCAAAGCCUAUCUCCAUAUAGACCCUCCCCGCCAUGUCUCGUCCUUGCUCACACUCAGGCACUCCCGCUACGGCUACCCCCACUGUUACCGAGGCCACACCCUCAGCCGAGGCCACAACUCCGCCCUUUUCGCCCGCUCUCUACACAGCUCAGGUGUUUGGCUCCAAGACAUAAAGCAGGAGGAUGCUAAACCUUCACCAGCCGCUGCACAGGAUGCUUCUGCAGGAGCUAAAAAGGACUCUGUAGCCGCCGCACCCCAGUCACAACCUCCAUCAGCUCCCGCUCCGACGCCCGCUGCCACAGCCGCUGCUGUACCUCCGGCGCAGGAGAGGGCAGUCGUGAAAAAGGCGCUCUAUGUGAGGAUUGUGGACGAGUUGAAGCAUUACUACAAUGGCUUCCGGUUACUUGGCAUCGACAUCAAGAUUGCAGGCAGGAUGGUGUGGAGGCUGCUGCACGGACAACUGCUCACACGCAGGGAGAGGAGAAGGCUGAUGAGGACCUGCGCUGACCUGUUCCGUCUGGUGCCCUUUAUGGUGUUUAUCAUCGUUCCUUUCAUGGAGUUCCUUCUUCCUGUCUUCCUCAAACUCUUCCCGGAGAUGUUGCCCUCCACCUUUGAGACUGAGAGCAAAAAGGAGGAGAAGCAGAAGAAAGGUCUGGCAGCGAAGUUGGAGCUGGCCAAGUUUCUCCAGGAAACCAUCGCUGAGAUGGCUCGAAGGAACAAAGCGAAAGCACAGACGGAAGAUGAGACACAGCGCUUCUCCACAUAUGUUCAGAAGGUUCGGGGCACAGGCGAGCAGCCCACCACAAAGGACAUCGUCCGGUUUUCGAAGCUGUUUGAGGACGAGCUGACACUGGAGCACCUGGAGCGCCCCCAGCUUGUGGCACUGUGUAAGCUGUUAGAGCUGCAGCCCAUCGGCACAAACAACUUGCUGCGUUUUCAGCUGAUGCUGCAACUCAGAACCAUCAAGUCAGACGAUGAGAUGAUUGCAGCAGAGGGUGUGGCAGCUAUGAGUGUGUCAGAGUUACAGGCAGCAUGUCGUAGUCGAGGGAUGAGGUCUCUGGGUCUCACCACCGAUCAGCUACGUCAGCAGAUGCAGCAGUGGUUGGAUCUGCACCUGAAGGAGAACGUUCCUCCAUCGCUGCUGCUGCUCUCCAGAGCCAUGUACCUGACUGACCUCAAACCAAAACCUCCAGUCAUCCCGCCUGUUCCCAAACUAGAGAAAGCCACACCUCCAGUUGAGAACACAGGAGCAAACACGACCUCAGUCAGCACUGACAUGUUGGCGGACCCUGCUCGUAUUAUCAAAGAGAGACCGGCGGAGGAGAUGAGAGACAAGGCUCCUUUGGUAACGGACAAACCUCUGACUCCUGCUGAAGUCCUUCAGGCUAAAGCGGCGACAGAGGUGUCCCAGAAGAGCAAGAUGAGUGCCAACGGUGUGUAAAGUGGAGCAGGAGCCUCUGGACUGAAGGGGGGAUGGACUCAGCUCUGUGUCCUUGGGGGGGAGAGGGACGACAUAGAUGUGGUGGUCAAAAGAUCAGCCAUUGAUGGUCUACACUUCAGUAGCCCUCAGUUAUGUUGAAGCUCCUUUCUUUGGACCAGAGGGACAAGGAAUCACCGGCUCCGUUCAGCAUUGUGUUUGACAUGUUGAUGGUACAACUCAUCCAGGAGUCCCGUUUCUCUUCUUGUCCCUGUCUCUGUUAACACCCAGGGAAUGUCUGCUGCCUCUUCUGCAUCGUCUCAGCAGCUGCUUCUUUAUACCCUCUGUUUUCACAUGCGUGCACUCCGUUCUCUGUCAUUGUCCGUUAGAGCUGGACUAACCAGUCUGACAUGUCACUGGACUGGCAGACCACUGAUGGUGUGUUUACUUUGACCUGAUGUCCUGGAUGUGACGCCCAAACCGCCCAUGGCAGAGCCUGGUCAACUGUCUGUCUGAUGGUGUCUCCUUACAGUCUAGACAGUCUUCUCCUCCUCCUCCUGUAAAUUUGUAAAUAUGCUGUAUAUUUGUGUCUCUGUCUUGCAUCGCAGCAGCAGCAGCUUUGUACAUUUUGCUAUGCAAAGGCCUAAAGUCUCCUGAAAAAUUUUAAGUUUUUCAGUUUUCAGUAGCUGUCCUACCUUCAUCUUUGCUCAGUAAGCUGGAUCUCACCGAUGUCCAGAAACAGACGGCACAUUAUGAACCUGCGAUUGAAUAAAAAGCAAAUUCAGCAAAAAAUGUCAAUCAUAUUCCUGCGGAUUUGGACCGGCCCUGCUUCUGAACAGGGUGACAUAGCGUAGUUGCUCGCUGCUGCAAUUAGCAAAUGAAGACUGGUAUAUUAUUAAGAGAGAGGUCACUCCUUAAACCCAGAGGCGACUGUGGUAAAAGUGCAGCCUGCCUCCAUCGUUAAACCACUGAACGAACAAUCUGUAUAAACUGUGCAGAUUUUAUUUGCAUAUACAGUGUAUGUAUUGUGUUUUAACACUAUGACUCUUGUUUAAACUGAAAAGAGAAAAUACUUGAUGUUUCCAUAAAGAUAUAUUAUUAAUAUUUGGGGGAGAAGCUUAAAUAUUGAAGCCACGGAUGAGAUUAUUUUUUUGGUAUUGUGGCCCUAAAAGAGUUAAAGCAUUAUGACUGAUUUGCCCGACUAUCCUACUGCAGUAUAUGACUCUAAGAGCAGUUCUUGGAAGGUUUACCACAUAAACGUGUACUGUAUAAAUACAGUUUUGUGUGUGUUUGACAGUGCUUACGAUUUUUCCAUCCCUCUUUAUACAUUGGAUAUCUGUGGAGUGACUUUUUGUCUCCACACAUUUUUUUCUCAUCGCUGUCUAUCCAUGGGCGCCUCCCAGAAGUGGAUGCCAUAAACUAAAUUAUAUUUUUAAGCAAAAAAAAAGAUAGCUAAUGAAGAUUUUUAUUAUUGGUUUUACAUAUGUGCCUACAGUUAAAGGGCGAUUGUGUUUGCAUUUUUCAUCAGAGAACAGAUUUUCUAUAUUGCACCUUUGUUUUUGGUUUUGCUCAUGCUCUGUGUUUUAAAAGGGCCCAGUUUAGUGGAAUGUCUCCUUCCCCUUUCCCUGUUUGAUCCAAGUUAUCAAUGCAAAUCCAAAUGAAUCCUUCCCUGUACUGAUGAAAAAGCAAUCACCUUUUCAAUCAGCUCUGCACUCGUGCAAAAGGGGAUCAAAAGUAAAAAGUUAAUUUAUCGUUUUUGGUUUGUGCUCUGCUGCCAUAUUUAAAAAAAUAUCCAAGACAUUCUGAGAAGAUGUGAGUAGAUUGACGCAACAUUUAUGGCAUUUACUUUUUAGAAACAGAAGGUUGGUGCUUUCUAACAACACCUGUCACUACCUGUCGAAAAAGUGGUGUCAUAUUGAUGUGCUGCUCCACAGUGGUGUGGAGUUGAUCUGCUGGGAGGUUUUCAGAUGUUGAUGUCUACUGCAUAAUUAAAGGACUGCACAGCAUUUAAUAACGGGAAUGGCUGGAUUGGUUUCUCGUUUCUGCCGUGCCUCCAAGACCCUGAAACUGCAGGAAAAUAAAAGUAAAUGUCUAAUUUCUACCCCAGUUAUUGGACAGGGUGCAUCCUUCUGCAUCCACAUUAAUUACCAUCCUUGUGUCACUUCUUCCAUUCAUCAGCAUCAUAGUGUGUUAACAACACGAUGCCUGUCUGGAAACUACAUAUUCAUAUUACUGUCUCACAUGGUUUGGUACAUCAGUGACAUCAUGAUGUGUCCUUUCCUCUGUCUGUAAGGAUUGUUUCUUUCAGUUAUGAAAAUGCACUGCUGUCCAGUUACUUCUUACCCUGCAUUCAAUUUAUGCAUCACUUUACCAUGGCAAGUGAGUGUCUGCGUGAUGGAGGAAAAAAAGAAAUCACACAAUUAAAAUCAUUAAAUCCUUUA